AUGGCAGGUGAAACGGAUAAUGGUUGGAAAUUUGCUCAAUGUUUCGGGGACAAAGGCGAAGUCGAGGACAUUACAGAAGCUGACAUUAUCUCGACCGUGGAAUUUGACCACACGGGUGAUUAUCUCGCCACUGGUGACAAAGGAGGACGAGUGGUUUUAUUUGAACGAAAUGAUGGAAAAAAAGGUUGUGAAUACAAAUUUUAUACGGAAUUUCAAUCGCACGAACCCGAAUUUGACUAUUUAAAAAGUUUGGAAAUCGAAGAAAAGAUCAAUAAGAUCAAAUGGUGCAAGCGACAGAAUGCUGCACAUUUUUUAUUAUCAACGAAUGACAAAACUAUCAAACUUUGGAAAGUUUUCGAAAAAUCUCUAAAAGUGGUGGCUGAAAAUAAUCUGAGUGAUGGUUCGAGACCUCAAAAUGGAAAAAUUCAACAUUUGAGACUACCAAAACUUACACAUCAUGACACAAUCAUUGCAGCUGUUCCUCGCAAAGUAUAUGCUAAUGCUCAUGCUUAUCAUAUUAAUUCCAUAUCCAUUAACUCUGACGGUGAAACAUAUAUAUCUGCUGAUGACUUAAGAAUUAAUCUUUGGAAUUUAAACAUUAGCGAUCAAAGUUUUAAUAUUGUUGAUAUUAAGCCGGUAAAUAUGGAAGAACUGACCGAGGUUAUUACCGCUGCGGAGUUUCACCCCAUCCAUUGCAACCUUUUUAUGUACAGUAGCAGUAAAGGGACUAUAAAGCUUAGCGAUAUGAGAGCGGCGGCUUUGUGUGACAAGCAUGCAAAAUUGUUCGAAGAACAAGAGGAUCCAGCAAAUAAGUCAUUUUUCUCGGAAAUUAUUUCAUCUAUUUCUGAUGUGAAAUUCAGUAAAGAUGGUCGAUACAUCCUCUCGCGUGAUUAUUUGACCCUUAAAAUUUGGGAUAUAACCAUGGAAAAUCGACCACUGAAAACAAUCAAUAUUCACGAUCAUUUACGAAAUAAGCUUUGUGACCUUUACGAGAAUGAUUGUAUUUUUGACAAGUUUGAAUGUACAUUUAGCGGAGAUGGCCAAAAUGUCUUGACUGGUUCAUAUAAUAAUUAUUUCCAUAUUUAUGAUCGGGAAGGUCUAACUGAUGUUGCUCUGCAGGCUGAUAAGAGUGCAUUUAAGGCAAAACGUGUCGUAUCACCAAAGAGUAAUAAAAUACUUCGUGGAAAAAAUAACAAGAAAGAAGAGAUUAAUGUGGAUGCUAUCGAUUUCAAUAAGAAAAUUCUUCAUGCUUCGUGGCAUCCAAAUGAAAAUUCGAUCGCUGUUGCCGCUACUAAUAAUCUUUUUAUUUUUACGUGCGUAUGA